AUGGCCGACUUCAAUUUGACAGCUUAUUUCAAUAGUUUUGAUGUCGAAAAGCUCUCAGAUGAUCGUUUACCCGACCUGAGUAAUAGGCUUGAAUCUCUCAUAGAGAAUUUGGCUAACAACCCCGAAUCACUUUCAUAUAACAACGAUCUAUUUGAAGAUGCAGUUGAACUCACGCAUGGUUUAAAUGGAUUACAACUCAACCAGCGGAAACAGUUAUCAUACCUCAUGGCAUCCUCAUUCAAGUCUGUGAGCUCCAAUAUUAAUUUGGCCAUCCAAUCAGGUGACUUUGUGGAAUCACUCCCCAAUUUCAAGACACUCUUGGAGAAAUACGGGUACUUUCUCUUUGUAUUGUUUACCAUCCUUGGAAAAGAAGACUUUUCAGGGAUUUCUGUAAGCAAAGCUAAAAGUAAGAAUGCUGAUCAGCAAGCAUGGCAAGCGAACCAAACCCAAGUACAAGAUUUGUUGGAUGCGGCCGAAUCUUGCCUAAGUAUAGACUUGUCUAAAGUGUUUGUAACAACUCCAGAGAAGUCUGCAUUUAUUGAGCUUUUCAACAGACCUAUUUUCCACUUGAUGGAGACUCCAGAAAGAAUGAAGGUGGCGGCAACCACUACAUUGAUGUUCAGAUGCAUUUGUAUGAUGGUGAAAUCUCAUAAUCAUGGAAGUACUGUUCAAAACUCGAUUAUACAAUCAUUGACGUACUUUAUACACUUACCACCAUACAUGGGAGAAUUACUCCACAAAUUGGACUCUGAAUACGAUUAUGGGGCAUUAACUGAAGAUGUGCUUAGAGAGGUUUCACAAAUUGAAUUCAAUUCCAAUGAUAGCAAUGGUCCAAAAGCUGUAUCUGAGUUCCUUGUUAGUCUUUCACAGUUGAGUCCACGCUUGAUUUUGAAGCAGAUGCCUUCAAUUGCGCAGCUUCUAGACAAUAGUAAUCAGACUUUGAGGUGUUCUGUGGUCGAAUCUUGUGGGAACAUUGUGGUAGAUAUAAUAAAAUCAACCGAAACUUCCCAAAGCCUGACAGAACAAGAAUCGGCCCACCGGAAUGAAAAUGGUACUCACCAAACAGAAAGCUUGAUUGACUUAUUACAAGAGCGUCUUUUGGACCAGAAUCCGUACGUGAGAACGAAGGCCAUUCAAGCAUUAAACAAGAUUUGCAGUCUUCCGGUGAAGUUCACCAGGCGAAGACAAAUAAUCAUGGCUCUUACUGUUCGAUCACUUGAAGACCGUAGUACUUUGGUAAGAAGAAAUGCUGUUAAGUUAAUGUCCAAAUUAGUUCUUAACCAUCCAUUCGCAUCUAUUCAUGGAACACAGUUGUCUUUGUCAAAAUGGCAGAAGCGUUGUGAUGAGGCAAACGAAGCAUUGAAACAAUAUCUCCCUCUUAUCCCUGAACCAGAAAAGGAUAAUGAAGAUCGUGAAGAGCCAGACAAUAACUCCAAGGAUGAUGAUAUGGAGAUUGACAAUAACGAAGAUAGUGACAGUCAAGACUCAGAUGCUCGAGAACAACUUAAUACCUCCAUGAGAGAACAAGAAGGGAACUUACCAAAUGCAGAAAUUCUAGUUAAGACCAAACUUACUGCUCAAUACUAUGAAGAUGCAGUAGACUUUAUCACUGUUGUACAUAAAGGAACGGAGCUAGUAUCCAACUUACUUUUCUCCAAAAAUAGAAAUGAAGUGCUAGAGUCUAUGGACUUUUUGGUGUUAGCAGAUGCAUUUGGAAUAGAUAAUGCCAGUUAUGGAAUCAAAAGAAUGCUUCAUUUAGUGUGGAUGAAGGGUUCUUCUGAUGAAGGGAAGUCAAUCGCCUCGCACUUGAUAGACUGCUACAAAGAGCUCUUCUUGACAGUCCCUGAUAACAUUUCUUCUACUCAGAAAGGAUCAUUGGUUGCCAAAAAUUUAAUCGGUAUCACGCUAACAUCAACGCUAGCUGAUUUAGCAUCAUUCGAAAAAUUGCUUUGCAAUAUGUAUUUCGAAAAGUUAAUUAGUGAUGAAGUGAUUUCGAUUCUUUGGCAAAUUUACGGCCAUAAAACCGAUGAUUUGUCCGAAGAACACUUGGAGUCAUCUCAUUCUCAAAGGCGUGGGGCCAUUAUUGUUUUGGGUAUGCUCGCCCUUGCUGACUACCAAGUGGUAUUACGGGGACUUGACCUUCUUCUUAAUAUUGGUUUGAAUGUUGAAGGUUAUGAAGAUCUGGAGUUGUACAAGUAUAGUUGCAUCGCCUUGCAGAGAAUAGUGCCAACUCUUUCUAAAAGUAAGGAUACAACAUUCUAUAAGGUUGAGAGAGAAGAAGAGAUUAUUGAAAAACUCGGCAAUGUAUUGACUACCGAGUAUGAAGAUCCAUCUUGGUAUUCAGUCGCUGAACAAGCGAUUUCUAGCAUAUUCAGGAUUUCAAACUCUCCGGAUACUGUGUGUACCGAGAUAAUCAACAGGAGAUCGGUUAGCCUUUUUGCUAAUGGGAACCCGUCCACACAAGUUCAUUCAUUAGCUCAAUUACUUUUCAUUGUUGGACAUGUUGCUAUAAAAACUAUUGUGUAUCUUGAAAAGCUAGAGACAUUCUUCAAGAAAAAGAAGCAAGAUAAAGAGGUGAAGGGCUCGAAGGCCGACAAUGAUGAUGACAACGAAGAGAACGAAUUGGAAAUGAUUGGUGGUACUACUGAAGAUGAUUUUGCUGACGCAGUUAUAUACAUCAAGGAGAAAGAGAUAUUGUAUGGGGAAACCUCAUUGUUGGCUAGAUUUGCCCCUAUAGUGAAAGAAAUCUGCUCCAAUAACAAGUCCUAUGAUAGCACAAUUCUUCAAAGAUCUGCGUCUUUGUGUAUGGUAAAACUAAUGUGUAUUUCAUCCAAGUUUUGUGAGGAAAGUCUUCCAUUGUUGAUUACCAUAAUGGAGAGGUCACCCGACCCAAUUGUAAGGUCCAACUGUGUUUUGGGACUAGGGGACAUGGCGGUUUGUUUCAAUAAUCUUGUUGAUGAAAACACAGACUUCUUGUACCGUCGUCUUACCGAUGAGAAUAUCAUGGUACAAAGAACAUGUUUAAUGACAGUAACAUUUUUGAUUUUAGCAGGUCAAGUCAAGGUCAAAGGCCAACUUUCAUCAAUGGCUAAAUGCUUGGAGAAUGAAGAUCAGGGGAUUAGUGAUAUGUGCCGGUUAUUCUUUACUGAGUUAGCUACGAAAGAUAAUGCUAUCUACAAUGGAUUCAUUGAUAUCUUUAGUGGUCUUUCCAAUGAUGCUACUCUUGAAAAGGAGUCGAUGAAGAGAAUCGUCAAGUUCCUUGUCAGUUUUAUUGAAAAGGAAAAGCACCAAAAACAGUUGUCUGAGAAGUUGUUGGUGAGAUUGAACAAAACCCAAUCGGCUGAUCAAUGGAACGACGUUGCAUUUGUGCUACUGUCAAUUCCAUACAAAAAUGAGAGUAUUACCAAGGCACUAGAAGAUGGCUUCAAACUUGUUGAAGCAGGUGGUAGGUAA